GGCAUGUAAACAUAUCCAUUGUCGUUAGGGAAUAGAGAUGGAAGAAGCUAGGGCUAGAACUCUCAUAUCUAGAACAAUGGUGGGAUUGGUGAUUGAUGAUAAGGAUCCAAAUUCCGGUUAUAUUAGCUAAAUUACCCGCCAACCCAUCAACAAAUUGAAAAGGAAUAUAAGCCUUUCCAUUAUCUUCUCCCCCACCAAAACCCCCCAAUGAACCGCACUCACAGUCCAAUUCCAACGGUUAAAUCCCCUUUCCAUUUCGUGUUGAGCCCUAAUUUCAAAUCCCUAAUCCACCCAACUGCUACCCGGAUUUUAAAUUUCCCUCCAAAGCAUCCCAACCGUUUACCCCUUCUUUCAUAUUGCAGUAAAUCCCCCAAUUUUCGUUUUAUUUCAAAGAAAAGGAAUUUCGAAGUCAAAGCAUCAACCGGAAGUAACAAUGGUGAAGCAGGGAACUGGGUGCGCUGGUUGCCCACUGGAGGUUUAGCAGCUGAUAAAGUUUUGAGAUUGAUUUCAACUGCUACUUCGAGUCCCAUUUGCCAGUUCAUUUCUUCACCUACCACUUUUUUGCAUUCAGUGGACCCUAGAAUCAAAUUGGUAUGGCUAUUGGCGUUAGUUGUUUUACCAGCACGUGCCCAAAUAGCAGUUCGUUUUGGAUUGGUAGCGUACAUUGCUCUUUUGUCAAUGUUGUUUCUCCCAAAAAAUGUGUGGAUGGAUCAAUUGGGAAGGGUGUCACUACUUUGUGGAAUUUUAUUCGUAUUGUCAGGGCUUGGUACUGAUGGUGUACCACAACUUCUUCAGUCAAGAACCCCACCAUCUUCACUGACAGGGUUGCCUGAUCUUCCAAAAUCAUUAAGUGGCUAUUCAUAUUUAAUCAUGAAGCUAGGACCAUUACAGUUUACAAGGAAGGGAUUGUCUGUUGCUAGCACAGCAUCAUGUUUAACAUUCAUUAUCUUUCAAAGUGCAAGCCUUUGCUUAGCAACCACAACCCCAGAACAACUUGCAUUUGCUUUGCGGUGGUUUAUGCUUCCUUUGAGAUAUAUUGGUGUCCCAGUGGCUGAAAUUGUUCUUACACUCAUGCUUUCAUUGAGGUUUAUCAAUUUAGUGUUUGAUGAGGUUCGUAAUGUUGCAUUGGGGAUUGUAUCUCGUAGGAUAAAUUGGCAACACUUGACAAUGAAGGAAACGAUUGAUAUUUUUGCUUCCUACAUUCAGCGGAUCUUCAAAAACAUUUUUAAGCAUGCAGAGCAAAUCUCUCAGGCAAUGAUAGUUAGGGGAUUCAGGGGUGACAGUAAUGCUCAUAAGCUUUACUUCUUAUCAGACUCAUCAAUUGGGAUGGCAGAUUUAAUUGCCGUGGUAUGCUUGAUUGGUGUUACGAGUGUUGCCCUAUUGUCCGAGUAUUUACUUGUCUGAUAAGUUAUUAACUGUACCAUCAUCAUCUCCUCACCUUGAUGAACAGUUAAGAAGAGUUAUGCAGUUGAUUGAAGUCGUGAUACACAAUCAAUUGGUAGUGAUCACAGAUACAGAUAAUGGAUGUUAAAAACAGACUCUUCAACAGCCUUUUGGGGCUCAUUGAAUAUUCGAAGUAUUUGUAAGUUGCUAUACAUUAUGGCAUAUUAUUUAUGCAUAAAGAAAGUAGAGCAUUAUAUUCAUUAACGAUAUCACGCUUAAUUAUAUCAAAUUUUCUACUUUAGUAUUUAAA